CAUCGCUCACCCGCCGCCGCCUCCUCCUCCUUGGUCUCGGCCGCGGCCGCUUCAUCCCCGCUGGGCGCCUCCUCCGGCGGCCGCUCGGCCCCGUUCACGCCGCCGCCGCCGCCUCCUCCUGCCUCGGCCGCCUCAGCCUCGGCCGCGACCGCCGCUCCCUCCUCCUGCGGCGGCUGCAGCGGCUCCGACCCCGCGGGCUCGGCCGGGGCCGCCUCCUCUUCCUCCUCCUCCUCCUCCUCCUCCCCGGGGGGGCCGGGCUGGGCCGGGGCCGCCUCGGGGGCCGCGGCGGCCGCUUCGUCCUCAUCGGCGAGCAGCGCUUCCUCGUCCUCCUCCUCCUCCUCUUCCUCCUCCUCCUCCUCUUCCUCCUCCUCCUCCUCCUCAUCCCCUCCGUGGGGCCGCCCGCCCGGGCCUCCGGCCGGCCCCGCUUCCCCUGCGCAGCUCGAGGCGGCCGCGGCCGGGCCUCCCCCGCCGCCGCCGCCGCCGCCUUCCUCGGGCCCCGCCGCCAACAUCUCGGCGUCCAGGGCCUCCUGCAGCCGCUGCGCCAGCUCCACCUUCAGCCCGCGGGCGUCCAGGCCGCGCCGGCCCAGCUCGGCCCGCAGCUCGGUCACCUUCAGCCGCUUCACGUCCAUGGCGGGGCCGGUGUGUGGGGAAGGGGGGGGGAAGGGGCCGCGGGCCGGGGGGGGGGGGAAGGGAAGCGGAAGCGCGGGCGCGCUGAGGCGGCGGCGCCGAGGCCGGAGCGCGAGGCCGGGCCGGGCCUGAGGCCGCGGGGCGGGGACUGAGGGAGGGA